UUUUAUCUCCUCAGAUAAGAAAAAACAAGUAUUUUCCUAACAUGUCAGUAAAUGCUGAAUAUGGGGAAACCCGGGAAAUUUCUCUUUUAUUUGACAAUAAUAUCAGAGGUUUAUGGAUUUGUGAACAACACUUUUCAUCGGUCCAUACAGUCCUGCAGUGCAGAUUGUGUUAUCCCUCCUGGAGAAAUAUGGAUGGUAGACCAGAAUGUGGAUGUAAACACAAUAACUGUUCAUGGGACCUUAAAAUGGGACACCUCCAAAUCUGACAUAACACUCAGGACCAAUGGUCUCCUUGUUGAGCAAGGAGGAUUGUUUGAACUUGGAACUGAUGAGAGCCCAAUGAUGGAGAAAGCUACUAUCUACAUAAAGGAUCCUCAUGAUCAACCUGGUGCUUCUCAUCCAAAUGUGGGCCAGAGAUAUUUGGCUGUUCUUGGAGAUGGUAAAAUAAGUUUGAGAGGAAGACCACUAGAAAGAACAUGGAGUGAGCUUGAUCGAGAUCAUGAAACUGGAAGCACUGAACUGUACUUGAGAGAUGACCCUGUUAACAUGGGAUGGAGAGUGGGUGACAGGAUCGGAGUUGCAACUACCUCCAGAGGUGAAUCCACACUGCAUAAAAUCACUGAGAUUACAUCUAAUUCUGUCAAGCUUGAUUCUCCACUUAAGUCAGUACAUUGGGGAGGGUUUAGAGAAAUCCAAGGUCACAGGUUCUGGAUGGCAGCAGAAGUAAUAAACAUGGAGAGAUCAAUUGUCAUUACUGGAGACAGUGAUAGAUUUACUGCAGGCUUUGGAUGGCAUGGAGGAGCAUUUAUGGAAGCUCCUGUGUUUACUGGAAAAGUUGGCAUUUAUACAACUAAAUAUGUUAGAAUGGAGCAAUGUGGCCAACUUGAUGUGCUUGGACGUUACUGUGUGCACUUGCAUGUUAUCAGAGAUUGUAAGGACUGUAUUGUAGAGGGUAAUGCAUUUGUUGAGUCCUACCAAUCUGCUGUUACUCUGCAUGGGGUAAACAAGGCCUUGAUUGACAAAAAUGUUGGAUGGGACAAUAGAGGAGUUGGACUAUACACCGAAGAUGGAAAUGAAAUGUACAAUAUGAUCAGUAAUAAUGUCUUUAUCUGUCAUGAUAUCUUCUACUGUAGAAUAGAGUGGCAGAACUCUCUAGGAGUAGGACCUGCCCAAAAAGAAGGGGGUAUCUUUAUGUUUGGAAUGAAGAAUGAUGUUAUUGGUAACCAUGUUGUUGGCCAUGAGCACGGAAUAUGGACAGAAGGAGCAUCCCAACCUGAUGGAAGACCAUUUGGUUUUUCUAAUGGGCUUGUUUGCAACCAGCAUACACCUUUUGGAAAAAUACAAGGAAAUGUUUUCCAUGAUUGUCAAAGAUUUGGAUCUUACUUUGACUUUCAGUAUCCAAGAAACGUUAUUCAAGAUGAGAAUGGAUUAGUUUCUAAAAUGCCAUUUGGACCGAAACCAAGUUGUGAUGAGUUUAUGGAGGAUGGGACAGAUAAUGGUCAUGUCAACUUAAUUGAAGAUCAGUUUGACUGGCACAACACUUUUGUUGGAGGAUACUUUAUGGGAGAUAUUUCUUUUGUGCGUUAUACAAGUGUAAACAAUGAGCACGCCCUCUACUGGAAGUUUUCAAAAAAUUUUGCCAAAUCUGAUGCAUAUCAUGUUAAAGAUUCCAUUAUAGUAAAUGACCCCAAUGAUAUGGUCCAUGGACAGUUGAAAGUUAUGUUACCAGGGGGUUCAUUUUCCUUUAGAAUGAAAAAUGUUACUUUUGCUGGCGGCCCCUUUUUACCAGGUGGAGGUGUACUUAAUACACCACAGCAUUGUGGCCUAGGGGAGUACAACCACGGAACACCAGGUGCUAAAUGCAAUGUUGAAGUUUUACUUGAGGAAGUAGAUUUCAGUGGAGUAUUACCAGACCAUGAAGGGAAGAAGGUGCUUACAUUCUUUGGUGCUAGUGAGGGCAAUCCAGUGGCUCCUAUAUAUAUUUCUAAGGAUGAUUCGCUAGGUGGUUAUCAGUCUGUUGUCAGCAAUUACUUAAAUGGGUUUGAAAAUGUUCCUGGUUGUUCGGGUCCAAAUGAACUUUAUAAUGGCUAUGUUUGUGAUAAAUCUGUAAAAAUCAGAAGGUUGACAAUUUGGGCCCCAGAUAUGGGAGAUUUGACACUAAAAGGACCUGGUUAUGAUGUAGCACCAAACUUUAAUCACCCUGUCCUAGGAAACAAUGGUGGUAUUUUGCAUUAUGAAAUUGAUCAAAACCAUGUUCCAAGCCAUACUAAACUUCUUGGAGGAGGUUAUGCAGCCAAUGUUGUUAUUGGCGAGGAAUACACACUAGAGGGCCUGCAUUGGGUUGGAGAAGACAUUGUUGUUGAAGUUUCUGAACCUUUUCUCGCAGAACAUUUUGGUGUUGACAAAGACAAAGAAGGGAUAUUUUUUACUUUAAAGGUUACAGAUGGAAAAACAAUUUCUUGUUUUCCAAAUGCAGGAGAAUCGCGUAAAUUCCAUGGAUCUGAUCAUAUAGAUCAGCGUGCUCUUAGGUCCAAUAAUAUGGGAGAAUGUUCUGUAAAGUUUAGAGAAAUAGCCGGAGAAGCUCUUAAACCAACAAUGCCGACUAUUCCACCAUCUGGAGAUUGUGGAUGCCCAGGAGCAGAGUAUGAUGAGAGCUGUGCUGGAGGGGGAAUAGGUUGUAGUGCCUGUGGAAAGGAUUUUUGUAGAUAUUGCGGAGGAAAUGGAUUUCCUCCUUGCAAAUAUGGGUCAACAACUCAAGGUCUUCCAACUACCACAGAACAGCAUCCAACUCAGCCAACACAAUCAUCUACUCAGUCUAGUGAACCAACACAAACUAACCCUUCAUCUACAACAAAACCAACUACAGCACCACCAAACCCUGGUUGUGGUUGUGACAGUGCUGAAUAUGAUUCAAGAUGUAGUGAUCCUUCUAACGACCCCUUCGGUGGUUUAGGAUGUUCAGCUUGUGGAGAGAAGAAUUGCAGAUUUUGUGGAAACACACCUUUUCCAGAUUGUUCUGGAGGAAACCAGCCAACAUCACAACAAACCUCAACUGAAGCCCCACCAAUCCCUGGAAAAUGUGACUGUAAUGGAGCAGGAUAUGAUGAAAGAUGUGAAAAUCCAAGCACAGAUCCGUUUGGAGGACUUGGCUGCAUGGCAUGCGGUAUUCCUAAAUGUAGGUUCUGUGGAACAGAUAAUUUACCUCCCUGUCUGUAAAACUAAUAAAAAUCCUUCAACAUUUUAAUAAAAUUGCUAUUUUUCAA